GAGACCAGUCGAAGCAACCAACCUCUAUGUAUGGCCAGCUGGUGACGCAAGAUCAAUUAGCUGUGAUUACCACUAGCACUCAGGGUUCUCAAAAUGAUAUAGCGCUUCAUUCACCUGCUCCAUAUAAGUGCCGUGAUCCAUGUCAGGCUCCUUUGCGAAAACUAAGCAUAGAUCUCAUAAAAACAUACAAGCACAUAAAUGAGGUCUAUUAUGCGAAGAAAAAACGCAGAGCUCAGCAAACUCAAGGGGAAGACACAAGUCACAAGAAGGAGAGAAAACUGUAUAAUGAUGGUUAUGAUGAUGAUAAUCAUGACUACAUUAUUCGGACGGGGGAGAAAUUUUUAGAUAGAUAUGAAAUCGAUUCAUUAAUUGGAAAAGGAUCAUUUGGCCAGGUUGUUAAAGCGUAUGACCAUGAAGACAAAUGCUAUGUUGCAAUUAAAAUAAUAAAAAAUAAAAAGCCCUUUCUUAAUCAAGCUCAAAUUGAAGUGAGAUUACUAGAAAUAAUGAAUACAAGAGAAAGUGAAAAUAGUUUUGAGCUUUUAGGUCAAGAUAAAAUAGUGAAACUAAAAGGUCAUUUUAUGUGGAGAAAUCAUUUGUGCUUGGUUUUUGAACUCUUGUCAUACAACUUAUAUGAUCUUCUUAGGAACACUAGUUUUCGAGGAGUGUCUUUGAACUUGACUCGAAAAUUUGCCCAGCAAAUGUGUACAGCAUUAAUGUUUUUAAAUAGUCCUGAUCUCAACAUCAUACAUUGUGACUUAAAGCCUGAAAAUAUACUUCUUUGUAAUCCCAAAAGAAGUGCAAUUAAAAUAGUUGAUUUUGGUAGUUCCUGUCAACUUGGGCAAAGAAUUUAUCAAUACAUCCAAAGUAGAUUUUACCGAUCUCCAGAAGUUCUUUUGGGCAUAGGGUAUGACAUGGCUAUUGAUAUGUGGAGUUUAGGUUGCAUAUUAAUGGAGAUGCAUGCUGGUGAGCCAUUGUUCAGUGGUGCGAAUGAGGUUGAUCAAAUGAAUAAAAUAGUUGAAAUGCUGGGAAUGCCUCCUAAAUGCCUUCUUGAUCAUGCUCAAAAGGCAAGAAAAUAUUUUGAUAGAUUGCCUGAUGGUACUUACGUUUUGAAAAAAACCAAAGAUGGGAAAAAGUACAAGCCACCUGGAUCAAGAAAACUGCAUGAUGUUCUCGGUGUUGAAACUGGUGGCCCUGGUGGUCGAAGAUUAGGUGAACCAGGACAUUCAGUGUCCGACUACCUCAAAUUUAAAGACCUCAUUAUUCGAAUGCUAGAAUAUGAUCCUAAAACAAGAAUUAGUCCGUAUCAUGCCUUACAGCACAGUUUUUUUAAACGGACAACAGAUGAAAGCACUAAUACAUCUCACAGUGCUAGCACAAGUCCAGCCAUGGAACAGGGUUCUAUGUCAAAUACUGGAGGUGGAUCAGGUACAAGCUCAGGCAGCUCUUCUUCUUCAGCCCCUACACAGUCCACUGGGCGGGCAAGAUCUGAUCCUACUCAUCAACAUCCAUAUGGACAAUUGCAACACAGUUAUACUCAAACUGGAACUUAUAGUGUGCAAUUUGGUGCUUAUCCAGUAUCAACUGUAGCCUUGUCAGCUAUGGAAUGUGAAAGUCCAAUUACAAGUAUUGCUGGUGCUGGUAUAUUUCGAUCCUCUCAGAAGGUACAUGCUUGGAGUUCAUUAGGAGUUGUAUCUGCUUCCACAACUAUUUCACCUAGCAUACCAAAUGCUGCCGGAACUAUUACUGUUGGACAGCAUAAUCAUUCUAGUGCUCCAGCCAGCCGUGCUGGGUAUUCUCAUCUUCAUAGCCACAAUCAUUCCUAUCGAAGGCACCUUCAUCCAACGCAGUCAACUGCUCCCAGUCAUGCAAAUGUACCUUCAUCUCAUGUUUUAGGGGCUGUUGGUUUUGAUCCCCUCCAGUCUUUCCAGCCAUCUUUAACAUUUAGUGUUGUACCUAGCAGUCGAAGCCAAGCAUGUUCUUCCUUGUCAGUUGCGUCUUCCCAGCUAAUGCCAAUGGACAUAAAUUCAAGCAAUAACCUUUUCGCAUCUAUAGAUUGUACGCAAACGUCAAUUAAUAUGCAGCUUGGUGGCUAUCAGCCCGUACUUUAUACUGGAACAGUUUAUAGUGGACAGACUACAGUUCCCUCAUAUCUUGGCACAAACUUUUCACAACUUGACCUGCAUUCGUCAGCAACUCCCACCUCGCAGCCUUCCACUGUCAUAUUGCCCGAUAUGGUGUCACAAAAGCAGUCAGCCGAUAGAGACGAAUCCCCUAUGGUGGGUGUAUGUGUAGAGUAGAGUCCUGUUGCCAGCCAUUGA